AAACCUCCUUAACAAGAGAAAGUCCUGCAUUCAAAUGUUUAGUUGAGUAAAAGCAGUGGUGCAAAGUAACAAACAUUGACUUGUACUGUAGCGUAACAGAUUACAUUAUAUUUCAGUUAUAUGCUACUUUAUACUUCACUACAUUUCAGAUGAGAAUACUGUACUUUUCACUAUACAAAACAUCUGAAACACAUAAUUUGCUGAUCAAAUAGGAUGCACCGUUAUAGAUUAAACUAGCCAACUAUACACAAAUUUACAAAAAUGAGCUCCACCUUAACCGACAAAAUUUAAAUAAUGCUUAUAAGUAAUAAUGUCUCAGUAUUAAUCAUCCAAUAACACAUGAGAAUGUAGCAGUCUCAUGUGUCAGUACAUUCUGCUGAUAAAACAGGUACUUCUGCUUUUACUUAAGAUUCUUGAUGCAGUAUUUUUCCUGGUAUUUUACAUUGUUUUAUUUGUACUUUUACAAAACUAAAGAAUACAGAAAUAUUAUCAACUAACUAUACUUGUUAAUGUAUUAUAUUUAUGAAUUAUUAUGCAUUUGUGUUUUGGUGGUAUUCAUGUUGCUGGCCUAUGUGGCGUCAACCACAACUACUUUACACACCUGCUGCUUCCUAGCUCAAUCUAUUGCAACUCAUCUUGUUUUAUACUAAACUCAAGUUAGGAAGCUGAGGUUUUUUUACAUCUUGAUCUGCUACGUAAUUAGUUUUAGUGGAGUAAUGUAGUGGAAACAGGAAAGUACUUCAAAUGUGUACUUCACCACAGCACUUUAGUCAAUGUACAUAUAUGCAAUUAGAACCACCAGCAUGCAAUCAUAUAAAUGUCUGCAGAGUUGUAUGUUUUCAUGCAAAAGAAUGCAGCAUUAAAAGUUACCACAAAUAAAGCCCGUUUCAUAAUAACGCACAUACUAUCAUGACCAUCCUUUGUUGAUAUUUAAAAAAAAAAAAAAAAGUCUAUUUAUAAGGCUUAUGAUGAGUAACUUUGAAUUGCAUAUUUUUGGGGGCUUUAUUUAUAAUAACGUGCUUUAUAUAUUUAGCUGCACGUGUUUGUUUUUGAGCAUAUUUUUAAAAACUCACAGUGCGUAACUGCGCGUGUAAUCUGGACGGCUUUAGGACCAUGAAGCCCGGACCUGCAGCAGCUACAUCGCGGUGCACUUUAAUAGGAAAGACUUUAUUGUGGCGAUGACAGCAGUAACACACCUUUCCACGUCAGGAAGGAGGAAGACGCACAGCAGCUGCCGUCAUUUGUGUACUCAGCGGGAUCUGCUCCUCUCUUCUCCCCCGUCUGUCUGUCCAUCCAUGCCCGCUGUGUAAACCUGCUCGGUCCCGGUAUAUCCUGCUCUUUCACCGGACCUCAGAGCUGCGGGAUGAGUUUUAUUACCAACUGGAGACGCAGCGUGAAGAAAAAUAAGGAUGACGGUCAGGCACAGGACAACCACGACGGCCCGGACUCCUCAAACCAGUUGUCCAUAAUAAACAGUCCACAAAUGGAUCCCGUCAUCCCAGACUUCAGGUUACGGCUUUCGGACGACAAAGAUGCUCUGCAAUCAACAAAUCCAUCAAAUGGGUGCUCAAGAUCAGACCUGUCGCUGGCUCUGGAGGACUGCAUGGCCGCCCUGGAUCUGUUCCUCAGAAACGACUUUGAUGAGGCGCAGGCUCGGCUUAGAUCCAGAACCAAAGACAGCAUGUACCACGCUCUGACCUAUGCCACCAUCCUGGAGAUGCAGGCCAUGAUGACAUUUGACCCCCAACACAUCCAGACUGCAGGAAACACCAUGAAAGAGGCCCAGGCCAUCUGUCAGCGGCAACGCAAGAAGUCGAGCUUCUCCAAGAACUUCACAGAAGAGGAGCUUCACGCUGAAGUUUGCUACGCUGAGUGUCUCCUGCAGAGGGCAGCACUCACCUUCCUUCAGGAUGAAAACAUGAUCAGUUUCAUCAAAGGGGGAAUCAAAGUCAGGAACAGCUACCAGACAUACAAAGAGCUUCACACAAUCCUCCAGUCUUCUGGAUACUCUCACGGUCAGAAUCACGGCCAUUUUGAGGGUGGCGUUAAACUGGGAGUCGGAGCCUUUAAUCUAAUGAUUUCCAUGUUGCCCACGCGGACGCUCAAGCUGAUGGAGUUUGUCGGUUUCACUGGUAAUAAGGAGUUUGGUCUUCAGCAGCUUCUGGAGGGCUCCGCAGAAAACACAUUCAGGUCCUUUCUUUGUAACAUGCUGCUGCUCUGCUAUCACACCUUCAUGAGCUUCAUACUUGGCACUGGAGAAGGAGAUGUUGAAGAUGCAGAGAAACUGUUGCAGCCAUAUCUCCAAAAAUAUCCUCAGGGAUCCAUCUUCUUGUUCUUCGCUGGUCGAAUAGAAGAGAUCAAAGGCAACUUGGAUGCUGCUAUCAAGCGCUUUGAGGAGUGCUGCGAGGUCCAGCAGCAGUGGAAGCAGUUCCACCACAUGUGUUACUGGGAGCUGAUGUGGUGCUUCACAUACAAGAGGCACUGGAAGAUGGCCUACUUCUACGCCGACCUGCUCAGCAAGGAGAACACUUGGUCCAAGGCUACUUAUGCGUAUAUGAAAGCAGCAUACCUCAGCAUGCUGACUCCGGAUGAUUGCCUAACCUUCGGGGAGACUGCGUUCACUCUGUUCAGGCAGGUCCCAGGGCUGAAGCAGAAGAUAGCGGGGAAAUCUUUACCAACCGAGAAGUUUGCUAUCAGGAAAGCCCGUCGCUACCUUGCAGAAAACCCAAUUCCUCUUCCCGCUCCUCCACUGGAGAUGAUGUACAUCUGGAACGGCUACACAGUCAUUGGAAAACACAAAGACCUGACCGAAGGCAUGCUGAAAACACUGAGCGAGGCUCAAGCUAAACUUGACAGCACCCCAAGGUCGGAGUUCACCGUAGAUGACCAGUGUCUCCUGAGCCUCUUGAAGGGACUGUGUCUCAAACACCUGGGGCAUCAAGAGGAAGCCGAACACUACUUUACGCUCGUCCUCUGCAAUGAGUCUCAGAUCAGGUACGACCACUACCUGGUUCCUAAUGCCCUGCUGGAGCAUGGCCUGCUGUGUCUGGAGCAAGGCAAGAAAGCUGAAGCUAUCAGACUCCUAGAAACUGCAAAGCAAAAUUACAAGCACUACUCGAUGGAAUCACGGACACACUUCCGUAUUCAGGCUGCUCUGCACAAGGCCAAGGGCCCCGGGGAGAACGGCAUCCAUGUUGCCUCCAGCCCAUAACAGACAGAGGAGGGCACACUAGAGCAGAGACAGCUUUCUCUGACUGUAGUCCCACAAUUUUACACUCCGCCCAACCCAGCCCCGCCCAUUCAUCAGAAGGGUAAAAGAAGAUGGAUGCUUGUUUUCCUCAUGUGUGUUGCCCUUUCGGGCGACUGCAACUCUGUGCGGCCCUGACUGGAUAAGGCAGGUUUGCUACGUCCUUUUUCAGAGAUAUAAAUUAUGUUUUGAGAAAUGUGCCUAUAUUUAUGAAACAGUACUUCUAGCAGGCUUGAUUGUCUAGCACAGUGGCCCCCCAUGAGGGGAGCACAAAGGUAGGAAACAAGGUGACAUUUGUGUAGUUUAUACUGCAGAUUGCCUCCACUACUACCCCAGGAUAAAAAUGUGCCCAGUUCAGGGUGGUGUCCCAAAUACCCCCCAUAUAAAUUACCGACACUAACUAAGCUCUCCCACCAAUUUUAAUAUAUUUUAAAGAUUAUUGAUGGGAGAUUAUGUGUUUGACAUCAGGUACAUAUCAUAUCAUCAGACUAUGAGAUUGUGGAACAGUUGAAAGGUUUCACCUGUAUUUAGAUAUUUGAUCAAAAACCAAUAUGACCGAAAUAGAUUAACAUUAUUUAUAUGUUGGAUUCACUUUAACACUCUAUAAACUGUGGUUCAUUGUGUUUCUCAGAGUGAGUAAACAUUUUAUUGUUUCUUUUACAUUUUUUCCUUUCCUUGAAACAUAUUGAAAUAUUUCAAAUUUCUUCAUGUGGAACAUUUUAUUUCAGUCUCCUUCUGAAGAAAUAAUUACAUCUGCAAUCCUGUCGUAUUUACAUUCACAUGUAAUGGCUUUUGCACAGAGCUUUGUAAAUCAGCCAGCCGUCAAGAGAAUCAGAGUCAAAGAAUCAGAGUUGCAGUGAGAGUUGUUCUUUACAUUUAUAUAUUGUAAAUGGCACCUUUUACACGAAUUGUCCCGUUUUAAGAGGACAGAUGAAUGUGUCUUUUAGAAAGGCAGACUCCCUCCUUUUCUCCUCCUGGCUUGUGGGACAGGCUCCAACAGUACUUGAGCUUGAACAAAUAGGCCAUUCAUGCUGAGCAGCGAAGGACUGCGUGCUUGUCCGCCUGUUGCAUCUUUAGUGAGUAAAGAAGCUCUGAACGGGAACCACCACAGUCUUCCUGCUUUAUGUCCUCUGCUGCUCCUGUAUCUGCCAUGCUUGACUACAACCACCUAUCAAGGGACAUGGACCUCUAAACCACGCUCAAAUAAUAAUCUGUAUAUGAACAAACACUUGUAAUGAUUGAUGAUAAGACAGAAAGGGGUCACCUCUAAUCGUGUUGGUGCCAUGGUUAUUUAAAGGGCUGUGUCUCAGCAACAGUGUCUAAAACCUGAAAACUCAGAUGGUGUCUCAAGUAUUGGAAUAAGAGCACUGCUGAUUUAUUCAUGAUUAGAUGAAGGUUUGGGAUUCAAGACGAUGACUAGAAGUCAGUAUAAUUUUUUAAUGGUGAAGGAAAUGUACUUUCAAUAUAGUUUUAACAGCUCUCCUGAAUAUUUAGGUAAAAAAAUAUAUUUAAUUUACUGAUAAUUGAUUCAAUUUAUUUUCUUUUUUCAAUUUAGUUUUGCAGAUAUAACUGAAAGAAACGCUAACCAAAUGUAGUGGCAUUGUGAUGUUUACAAUCUGCGUAUUUUAUUGGGCACGGCUACUACUGAGCAGAAUGACAUUCCUGUACAUACUGAAUGUUUCUAUUGUAAUAUAAGAUGAUAUGAUGAUAAGCAACUAAAAAACAAAUGCCA